UGCCAUUUUACAACAGCUGAAGGACAAGCACCUUUAGAUCCUGUCGAUUGUACGAUAUUAUUCAUUAAAAUGAAUGUAGAUUAGUAUCAAUCAAAAAACUAAAAUACCAAGUGCGUAAAGUUCUUAUUUGACGCUUAUUGUGGAAUGAACAGCAUGAAAUCAUGUAAACACACCGGACUUUACAUCAUUCAAGUGUGAGCUCAGAACUUGGAGACCUUUCUAGAAUGGAGAACUUGACGGCAACUAAUGAGACUUUGGAAACCUGGACUGACCGCAGCGUCGAAUACAAGGUGAUCAGCGUCCUGAUAGUUUUCCUAAUAUGCGCCCUUGGCAUCAUUGGAAACGUGAUGGUCAUUUUGGUCGUCCUUACCACGAAACACAUGCGGACCCCCACUAACGGUUACCUGGUUAGUUUGGCCGUCGCAGACCUAAUGGUCUUGAUCUCAGCCGGUCUACCGAGCAUAGCGGACAGUUUAUUCGGUUCGUGGAUUUUUGGGCACCUCGGGUGCCUGUCCAUCACCUAUUUCCAAUAUCUCGGAAUCAACGCAUCGUCGUGCUCCAUAACGGCGUUCACUAUAGAGCGAUACAUCGCUAUAUGUCACCCGAUCAAAGCGCAGUUUUUAUGCACGCUCUCCAGGGCGAAGAAAAUUAUUUUAGGAGUCUGGGUCUUUACCUCGCUUUACUGCGUUAUGUGGUUUUAUCUGACCGACAUCCAACAGGUGGUCUACAAGGAUGUGACUAUAGUAACGUGCGCGUACAAAGUGUCCAGAAACCUUUACCUACCCAUAUAUUUUUUCGACUUUGGCAUCUUCUUUGUUCUACCGCUCACACUUGCGACAAUCCUGUAUGGGCUCAUUGCUAGAAUUUUGUUUCUUAAUCCGCUACCGUCCGACCUUAAAGAGGACAAAAAUGGGCACAAGAACUUUUGCAUGACGAAAAAGAACAAGAUGAAGAAUUCCAGCCGAUGCUCAAGUAAAACUGCAGCAUCCAGGAGACAGGUAACAAAGAUGCUGGCAGUGGUGGUCAUUCUGUUUGCUGUACUAUGGAUGCCGUACCGCACACUGGUGGUGGUUAACUCCUUCCUGCAGGAGGCUUAUCUGGACAUCUGGUUUCUGCUCUUCUGUCGCACCUGUGUCUACCUCAACAGCGCUAUUAACCCUCUCAUCUACAACGUCAUGUCACAGAAGUUUCGCGCCGCAUUCAGGAGGCUCUGCCGCUGCGGACGCACCGCGCAGGCACAGAAGGUGGCCUACACCGUUGCCCUAACUUACAGUGUUGCCAAGGAAACAUCGACGGUGGAGACCACAGCGCAUUUUUCAACCGACAUAGACGAUCUGACACCAUCGGAGGAUUUGUUUUCUGAUAAGAAGCUCAUGUAUACGCAGAACUGCGAGUUUACAAAGUAAACUUUCAGUCAGCCCUGAUAAACUCACAACAGCUACACACAUAAACAUAAGGUGUCACUACAUAAGUAAAGUCAUCACAUAGUUUCUUUAUUCCCUAAAUCAGUGGAUCUCAAGCUUUAUGACUGCAUAGCCCUCCCCUUUUCAACAACAUUUUAAGAACGCACACUUACAAUAUAUCCCCUCUCAGAAAAAGGUGCAAAAGGUAGAAAAGUUGUCACUUGGGUGGUACCAUUUCGAAAAGUACACUAAAAGGUGAUAAUGGAACCCUAGAGGUACAUACUGGUUCCUCAACAUACAGUAUCUGUACCCGAAUGGUACAUAUUUGGACCUUUUUAAAAGGUACAGUCCCAGUGACAACCCGAAAAAAAGAGAGCUUAGCAUAAAGAAAGAGUUUUUUUUAAAGUCAUGUUGAUGCCCCAUGCAAGGCCUCCUGGUUGAGUAACACAAACUUAAAUCGUACUCUCACAGAAACAUGAGCAUGGCAAUAGAUUUUUAGAAAAACAUGAUUUUGCCUUUUUAUCUAAAAUUUCCUCACAAGUAGCUUGUCAUGAUACUUCACCAUGAACGUUUUGCCCUCACAAGUAUAGCUAAACCUACGCACACACCUCAGUGCCAUGAAUACCACAAGAAGCACUCAAAAAGUCAUGCUCACUUAUAAGUCAUCGCAUUAUGUUGCUUGCUUGUCAAACUGUUUCUUAGGAACGGAUCAGAAAGCCAGUG